AUGUCUGGCAAAGGCAAAAAAGGAGGACCCUCUCAGGCUGAACUCUUGGUGCGUACCUGCUCAGAAAUCGUCACUGAACUCGUUGCUGCUGUAGAGGCAGGCAAAGAUAUCAAUUUGAAUGGAUUAAAGAAUAGAGCAGCUCGCAGAAACAAGUUACAACAUCAACCUAAACUCGUCGAGAUCAUUGCUGCAAUUCCAGAACAACACAAGGCAGCUUUGCUUCCCAAAUUGAAGGCAAAGCCAGUUCGUACUGCCUCAGGUAUUGCUGUUGUCGCUGUUAUGUGUAAGCCUCAUCGAUGCCCUCAUAUUGCAAUGACAGGAAACAUCUGUGUUUACUGCCCUGGUGGACCUGAUUCAGAUUUCGAGUAUUCAACGCAAUCAUACACAGGUUACGAACCAACAUCCAUGCGUGCCAUCCGUGCUCGCUACGACCCAUACGAACAAUCCCGCGGACGUGUAGAUCAGCUUCGCAGCUUGGGCCACAGUGUAGAUAAAGUUGAAUACAUCAUCAUGGGAGGUACAUUCAUGUCGUUGGCCGAGGAAUACAGAAAUUGGUUCAUCCAGAACUUGCACGACGCCUUGUCAGGCCAUUCCAGUAACGAUCUCGAUGAAGCUGUGCGUUAUUCUCAACAAAGUCAGACCAAGUGUAUCGGUAUUACCAUCGAAACUCGCCCUGAUUACUGCUUGAAACCUCAUCUCAGUCAAAUGCUGCGUUAUGGAUGUACUCGCUUGGAAGUGGGCGUGCAGAGUGUGUAUGAAGAUGUCGCCAGAGACACUAACCGUGGCCAUACUGUCAAGGCAGUGACCGAAUGUUUCCAGAUGGCUAAGGAUGCUGGCUUCAAGGUUGUCUCACAUAUGAUGCCUGACUUGCCAAACGUUGGUAUGGAGAGAGAUAUUGAGCAAUUCAAAGAGUAUUUCGAGAACCCUGCUUUUAGAUCAGAUGGUCUCAAGAUUUACCCUACCUUGGUGAUUCGUGGCACAGGUCUCUAUGAAUUAUGGCGCACAAAACGUUAUCAAAACUACACACCCAAUGCACUGGUCGAUUUGGUAGCUCGUAUUCUAGCCAUUGUGCCUCCAUGGACUCGUAUUUACCGUGUGCAGCGUGAUAUCCCUAUGCCACUUGUCUCGUCUGGUGUGGAGCACGGCAAUUUGCGUGAAUUGGCGUUGAAUCGUAUGAAGGAUUUAGGCACUGAAUGUCGUGAUGUGCGUACGCGUGAGGUGGGCAUCACUGAAAUUCAUCAAAAGAUCAAGCCAGAUCAAGUGGAGUUGAUUCGUCGUGAUUAUGUGGCGAACGGCGGUUGGGAGACGUUCUUGUCGUAUGAAGAUCCUCAGCAAGACAUCUUGGUGGGCUUGCUUCGUUUGAGAAAGUGCUCGCCACAGACUUUCCGUCCAGAAUUGACGCAAGGCCCUACUUCCAUUGUCAGGGAAUUGCACGUCUAUGGUUCUGUUGUGCCUAUGCAUGAUCGUGAUCCUACUAAAUUCCAACAUCAAGGCUUCGGUACGUUACUGAUGGAGGAGGCCGCUCGUAUUGCCAAGGAGGAGCACGGCAGUACCAAGUUGAGUGUCAUUUCUGGUGUAGGUGUCAGAGAUUACUAUGCUAAGCUUGGAUAUUCUUUGGAUGGUCCCUACAUGUCCAAGAUGCUCGACUAG